AUGGUAAAUAAAAUGUAUAAAGUUACGUCUGAAAAGAUUGAAAAAAAGGGAAGCAAACAUUAUCAGGUCUUAAUGUCGAUUGUUGUAUGCAUGCCCAUCUUAGCCUAUGGUACGGCGAUGGGUUGGAUUUCCCCGCACAAGGCUCUCUUGAUGGGGGACUCCUCACCAUCAUUAGAGCCACUCACCGAGGAGGACGUAUCCUGGAUGGCCUCCAUCAUGUUCAUAUUCGCACCCAUUGCUGUCUUCAUUUAUGGAAUGGCGGCGGAUAAGUUUGGAAGAAAAAAAGCAUUGCUCUGUGUGUCUAUACCUAUAUUGCUUGGUUGGGUGGUGAAGCUCAUAAGCUCGCAUCCCGUCGCUCUGAUCGGAGCUCGGGCACUGAUCGGCUUCGGAUCUGGAGGCGGAUUUGUGGUCUGUCCAUUGUAUGUCAAAGAGAUCAGUGAAGACAGCAUACGAGGCAUGACUGGAACUUUUCUAAUAUUCUCACAGACCGUCGGCAACCUAGUGGUGUUUAUGCUUGGCGAUCUGCUGCCGUAUCACACCGUGCUGUGGAUUCUACUGGCAAUCCCGCUGAUACAUUUCUGUAUCCUACUCAAGCUGCCUGAAACACCCUCCUAUCUCAUCAAGUGCGGCAAAAAUGAGGAAACAGCCAAAGUGUUGGGUUGGUUACGGUCUCUUCCACCCACCGACAGCUCUAUCAGUGAGGAGGUAGACCGGCUGAUUAUCGAACAAACUACGUGUGAACCGAAAUUCUCACCCAAGUUACUAUUUGCUGAUAAAACCGCUUUAAAAGCAUUCUGGGUGGCACUCAUAGUAAACCUUACGAGAGAGUUCUGCGGUUGCAUCGCAGUCCUCGUGUACGCCAGCCACAUCUUCGCGGAAGCAGGAAAGGACCCUGGAACGAGCAUCGCCCUGUCUCCCAACAAACAAUCCAUUUUAUUAGCUGCUGUCCAGAUCUUUGGGUCGUUUUUAGCUUGUCAGCUUGUUGACAGGGCUGGUAGAAAGCCGCUGCUAACAGUGACGAGUGUAGUAGCCGGAUUCAGUAUGUGCCUUCUGGGCGUGUGGUUCUACCUGCAAGGCGUUGGUACGUUGCUACCAGGUUGGGUGCCUAUCGUCGCACUGUGUACAUGUAUCUUCGCUGACGCCUCCGGCUUGCAGCCUUUACCAUACGUUAUUAUGACAGAGAUGUUUAAUUUCCAGCUCCGCGGUACUGUCGCCACAUUAAUUAUGGCGAUUUCAUUGGCUACUGAUUUUGCUCUUUUGAAACUAUUCGCACCAUUAAACAAUUGGAUUGGAUACCACUCCACUUUCUGGGUGUUCAGCUUCGUCUGCUUAGCAAACGUCUUCUACUUAAUCUUCUACGUGCCAGAAACGAAAAUGAGAAACCUAGAAGACAUCUACGCGGAUCUAGAAGGGAAGAAGAUACGGAACAAGAACGAAGACAUUGUUGAAACAGUUCACGUUUAACUACCAAAUUUAGAGUUAAUUAGGUAUUAAAGUGAUUUUUGAAGAAAUGAGACAUUUAAAUGUGAUUUUUACUUUUUGAAAAUUAUCGAUUCAUUCAGCAAGAAUUAACAGUGACGUCAUAAGGACAAAUUAUUCGAGCAUAUUCACGUAUAAUAUAUAAAUUAA